AGUAGGGAGCAGGCGCGGUGCAUGCUGGGCUGUGAUCAUGGUGGUGUACGGACAGGAAGGAGGCUGGAAAGCAGCCGGGAGCCCCAGAUCUCCGUAGAUCUGUUGGAGGUCAGCACCAGGCAUGGCUGGCCGGCGGUGAGGAGGGUCUGCUGCUUCGGGAGAUCCUUUAAAAGGCCAACAAGUGUGUGGCCGCCGCCAUCUUCAUCUGCUGCAUUGGCUGGUGUGUGUUUGUGUGUGUGUAUGAGAUCACGGUGGAGAUCCCCCAGGUUCUCCUGAUCCGGGAGCUGUGGAAGGAAUGCUGAGGCUCUCCUGGCUACAUUGUAUCACCUUGAGGAACCCAGCCAGCCUGGACACCCUGGGAGAUGGUGACAUAUGAAGUGUGUUGGAAGGACCAUGGUUGAGAGGACCAGCAAAUUUUUGCUGAUCUUGGCUGGCUCUGUGUUUUUCAUGCUGAUUUUGUACCAGUAUGUGGGGCCGGUGAUGAAUUUGGGGUCUCCCAGUCGGUAUUACCAGGAGGAUCAGGACAUCUUUCCCACGCCAGAUCCCCACUAUGUCAAAAAGUACUUUUUCCCGGUGAGGGAUCUGGAUCGGUCGUUGACCUUUGACAUGAAAGGGGACGAUGUGAUUGUGUUUCUGCACAUCCAGAAAACCGGGGGCACAACUUUCGGGAGGCACCUAGUACAGAACGUCAGGCUGGAGGUGCCCUGUGACUGUAGACCUGGCCAGAAGAAGUGUACCUGUUACAGACCCAACAGGAAGGAGACCUGGUUGUUUUCCCGAUUCUCCACUGGUUGGAGUUGUGGACUGCACGCGGACUGGACCGAACUCACCAACUGUGUGCCUGGGGUACUGGACAAGAAGGAGACCUCCAUGAAAAACAGAAGGAAAUUUUAUUACAUCACAUUGUUGAGAGAUCCUGUGUCACGAUAUCUUAGUGAGUGGCGGCAUGUACAACGAGGAGCCACUUGGAAGACCUCACUUCACAUGUGUGAUGGAAGGACACCAACACCGGAGGAGCUGCCAACCUGUUAUGAAGGCACGGACUGGUCAGGGUGCACAUUACAAGAGUUCAUGGAAUGUCCCUACAAUCUGGCCAACAAUCGCCAGGUUAGGAUGUUGGCGGACCUCAGCCUUGUAGGAUGCUAUAAUAUGUCCUUUAUUCCAGACAACAAGCGAGCUCAACUCCUCCUGGAGAGCGCCAAAAAGAACCUGAAGGACAUGGCGUUUUUUGGCCUCACGGAAUUCCAGAGAAAGACUCAGUAUCUCUUUGAGAGGACUUUUAAUCUGAAAUUCAUCAGGCCUUUCAUGCAAUACAACAACACUCGGGCAGGUGGGGUUGACUUGGACAAUGGCACUAUCCAAAGGAUUGAGGAGCUUAACGACUUAGACAUGCAGCUGUAUGACUAUGCAAAGGACCUCUUUCAGCAACGCUAUCAGUUCAAGAGGCAAGUGGAGAGAAUGGAGCAACGCAAAAAGCACCGGGAAGAGAGACUUCUGCAAAGGUCCAACGAGGCUUUUGCCAAGGAGGAAGCUGAGGACCAAGUGCGCUGGCCUACAGAAGACUACAUGAGCCAUAUUAUAGAGAAAUGGUAGACCAACAUGGACUUUUAUACUACUGGAGAAACUGGUUUCACAUUUUGUUAUUUUGUCUUGUAUAAAAAUACUGAACAUUAUAAAUAAGAACACUUUUUAUUUAAUGUUUGUAGCACAGAGCUCAAAGCUUUGGAAACUGUUCAUGUUUAUGUGGGGCAAUGUACAUUCAUUUAAAGGGGCAGUCUUCUUUUAGAUAAGCACUUUCAUUGUACAAAUUCUUCUUGUAGAACAUUUUAAGCUGAACUUCAGUCAAAAGGCUAAAUACACAGAUAAAAUCCA